UGCUCCGAAUCCGCCGGGGUGGGCCGGGACAGUGAAUGUGGGCUUUUCUGCUCUACAUCACAACCUGGAAUAAACACAGACCCAUACACACGAAGAUCUGCUGCCGCCUCGAAGAAGCUACACCGCCGCUUCACCAAUGCAGGCUAUUAAAUGCGUGGUGGUCGGCGACGGGGCUGUGGGAAAGACCUGUCUACUGAUCAGCUACACCACCAAUGCCUUCCCGGGCGAGUACAUACCCACAGUAUUCGAUAACUAUUCCGCCAAUGUGAUGGUGGAUGGGAAGCCGGUCAAUCUCGGCCUGUGGGACACAGCAGGACAGGAAGACUAUGACCGCCUUCGCCCACUCUCUUACCCACAGACGGAUGUGUUCUUAAUAUGCUUCUCCUUAGUGAGCCCAGCAUCCUUCGAGAACGUCCGUGCCAAGUGGUAUCCAGAGGUGAGACAUCACUGCCCCAACACACCGAUCAUCCUGGUGGGCACCAAGUUGGACUUGCGUGAUGAUAAGGACACCAUAGAGAGGCUGCGUGACAAAAAGCUCUCUCCCAUCACUUACCCUCAGGGCCUGGCCAUGGCCCGAGAGAUUGGUGCUGUGAAAUACCUGGAAUGCUCGGCUCUGACCCAGCGUGGCCUGAAGACCGUGUUUGACGAGGCAAUCCGUGCCGUCCUCUGUCCUCCACCAGUCAAGAAGCGUGGUAGGAGGUGCACACUGUUCUGAAAGCUGGACAAACCAUUGGCAGCUUCCUGCCCUCACUGCUCAACACUACAGUAACUGUGAAGCGGCCCACACCAACCACUACGUACAGGUUCCGAGACAGGCGCCUCCAUCCCCCGAGGCUUUUCCACAAGGAGAGUAAUAGGUGUGUGUGUAUGUGAGUCGUUGGCAUGACUUGACCCAUAGGAUGUCGGUCAGGAGCAUCAUGGUAGAUGGCUGACCAAGUGCUUUUGUUGUUUUCCCUUUCACAUUGUCUUCUAUGAGGCGUUUUAGUGGUAAAUCAGGUGUGUGUUGACGAGGAGAUGUUUCACUGUAGCUCCUGAAGAAAGGCAUAGGAAUGGGAUAAUUAAGUUUUGGGAAAGUGUGGCUGCAACUUAGUAAAGUGUGGGAAUGAGAUAAUUAAGUUGUGGCUAUGAUUCAUUAAGGUAGGGUAAUGAGAUAGUAUGUUUUGGCCAUGAAGUAGUAAGGCGUGGUAAUGAAAUAAUGCCGUGGCCAUCAGUUAGAAAAGUGUGGAAAUGAGAUAAUUAAGUUGUGGCCAUAAUUUAAUAAGACAUUUUUAUGGCACUUAAACUUAUGAAAGCAUAUUCAGUUUACAUACAUUCUUAUAAAUAAAGGUGCUAUAACAUGUUCUUUGAAAUGAUGUCAUUGGAGAACCACUUUUAGCUCCUGGAAGAGCUUUCAGUCAGCCUCAGUGGGUUCUUUUUUGUGAAGAACCGUCUUAAAGCUAACCUAAUGUGCAGGAUCUACUCCAGUUUACGUUUUUUCCAAGACAAGAACCUCUGAUUUGAUGAACAGAGAGAUUCAGAGCAGUUUGGUGUGAAAUGGUUCAGAUGUCUUUACAGUGGUGGUGAUAGGAACCAGGGGUCGCCAUGAUUACAACACAGAUAUAGACAUUUUAUUUACCAUCUAGAACCACCA